AUGGAACUCCCAAAAUACGAAGUCAAAAGCUCUGCUCUUUCCAUCGACUCGGGUAGCACAGUCUACUCCAUCGACUCCAAGAUCACAGCCAACUCAAUCGAGGAAACAGAUCCAGCAUACUACUUCUACUCUUCUCGCGUCCUCCUUAUCUCUGCUCAAGGUAUUGGGUUAUUCCGCUUUCCAUCCCCAUACAAAGAACUCGAAAUCCCGAUCUACAAUAGCAAUGGCUCUAUCGCUUAUAUUUCAAGACGUGAAUCCAGACACUCGGGGAAUGCCAUUCUCUCCGAUCCUGAAGUUGGAGAUCUGAUUCACAGUGAAUAUUUCUUUGGUCCCGGUCGAGAUCCUAUCAUUUCCAUUCUCGAGACUGGCGGGAAAAGCGAACCGUCCCGCACUAAGAUUUCCUCGAAGUGGUUUUCACGAACCACUACCUUUCUUACCCCAGACGGACAUGAGCUAGAAUGGAGCUAUGGAAAAAGAAUAGAUUCUCAUAACCAGAGCGAAAAUCUAAUCAUUCUCAGAUUGAAAAGUUCUAGUUUAGAGAAGCACGGCAAGAUUCUUUCUCAGCUUGUUCGUAGUGAUCAGACAAGAACCCCCGGGUCUUCCAAGUCUCGUGCUGGAAACGGUGGUCAAUUACUGAUCGAUGAGAGUGCAUCGAAAUUUGUUGAAGAGCCUUUGAUUGUGGCAACGUGUUUGUUGAUGUUGAAGAAGGAGAUUGAUCGCAGGAGGACGGUGCAAAUUGCGAUGAUGUCUGCUAUGAUUGGUGCUGGUGCUAAUUCCUGA